AAAGUUAGGAAAGAAACAAGUCACCAACCUUCUUAACUGCAGUCCUACACUGACCACAGAAUUAACUUCUAGCAUUAAUACGGACAUUGCUCUCUUCUUUCUCUUCUUCAUUAAAAAUGCUCUCUCUCUCUCAACUAUACUGCAAUUAGAUACACUCUCACCAUGAAAUCCCUUCAAGUGGCUCAACCACAACAAGACUCAAGUGAUAAGGUUUCUGACAAAACCAUUGUCAUUCCCAACAAACUCACGGCACUAGCUGAUAGCUUCAAAGGAGAACACUCAUGGUUCAUUGCUCCUCAAAUCCCAACAGACUUUUCAAUUCAAGUCCAGGAAACCACUUAUAAUGUUCACAAGUACCCCUUGAUAUCGAAGUGCGGCUACAUAGGACGAUUGGAGAUUCAGCCUUUCAUCUCAAAUUCUGGGAAUGCUCUGAAGCUUGAAAACUUCCCAGGUGGGUCUGAAACAUUUGAAACAGUUCUAAAGUUCUGUUAUGGCCUCCCAGUAGACUUCAGCCCAGAUAACAUAGCUGCACUAAGAUGUGCAUCAGAGUUCCUAGAGAUGACCGAAGAACUAGAAGAUGGAAAUCUAAUUUCCAAGACUGAAGCUUUCCUCACCUUUGUUGUGCUUUCUUCAUGGAAAGACACUAUCACUGUUCUGAAAUCUUGUGAAAACCUAUCUCCAUGGGCUGAAAACCUCCAAAUUGUAAGAAGAUGUUGCGACUCCAUUGCGUGGAAGGCUUCUAAAGAUGAUCACACAAGUGAGGAUGCAGCGCCAAAUCAAGAAAGCUGGUGGUUCAAUGAUGUGGCCACCUUCCGCAUUGAUCAUUUUAUGAGGAUCAUUUCUGCAAUAAGGGCAAAAGGAACCAGAGCAGAGAUCAUCGGUAAGUGUAUCAUAGAAUAUGCCAAGAAAUGGCUGCCAGGAAUGGAUGUGGAGAUAGAAGGGCUAAGAGGAUAUGGGCAUGAAAAGUAUAACCUACAGUUCAGUAUUUUUAGUGGGAAGAAGAAAGAGAGCAGUGGGCACAGCAAGGAGCAAAAGACAAUUAUUGAAACCCUGAUAAGCAUUAUUCCUCCUCAGCCAGAUGCAGUCUCAUGUAAGUUCAUGUUGCAGUUGCUAAAGAUGGCCAUGAUGUAUUCUGUCUCACCAGCUCUCACAACAGAACUUGAAAAGAGAGUGAGUAUGGUGUUGGAAGACGCUGAGGUGAAUGAUCUUCUGAUUCCAAGAUAUCAAAAUGGAGAUCAGGGUAAAACAGUCAUUAGCAUGACUAAUUCAUCUGAAGAAUGCACCAUGCUAGACAUAGACGUGGUUCAACGAAUUGUUGAAUACUUCUUGAUGCAUGAACAACAGCAGAUGCAACAGCAACAGAAUACGAGGAAAUUCAAUAUUAGUAGGCUCUUUGACAAUUACCUAGCUGAGAUUGCAAGAGAUCCAAAUCUUUCAAUCACUAAAUUCCAAGUAUUUGCUGAAUUGCUACCCGAAAAUUCUCGAUCAUAUGACGACGGUCUGUAUAGAGCCAUUGACACCUACCUCAAGACCCAUCCUUCACUAAGCGAGCAUGAUCGUAAAAGACUAUGCAAAAUCAUGAACUGUGAAAAACUCUCACUUGAUGCAUGCCUUCAUGCCGCACAAAAUGAGAGAUUGCCCCUAAGAACAGUUGUCCAGGUUCUGUUUUCAGAGCAAGUUAAAAUGAGGACAGCAAUGCAGGAGAAGGAGCCAGCACAAAGCGGAAUCCAAUCUGAACAAGAAGGAAACCAGACAUCUGCAUCUAUGGACAUUAAGGCACUCAAAGCAGAACUUGAGAAUGUAAAGACCAAAAUGGUAGAUCUGCAGAAUGACUAUUUUGAAUUGCAACAGGAGUAUGAAAAGUUAAGCAACAAGCCAAAGAAUUCAUCAGGCUGGAUUUUACAUUGGCGGAAGAUUAAGAACUCCUUACAUACAAAACCAGCAGGAAUUGAAAUUGGAGACAGACAGGACACACCCAAGUCACCAAACACCGUUCUACGUAUACUAAACCCUAGAAGAAGGCUCUCCAUGUCUUAAAGUGUUACCUGCUUCAAGUUUCAACAUAAAAAGUACUGUAGUAAAAACACCUAGCAAGCCAUUCUUUAUAUGAAGCACAUGGUCUAAAUUUUGUAUCUUAAGAUAUUGUUAGUCAUAGGCUUUAGCUUCCAUAUACAGACUAAGACUCCCAAAUGCAGCAAUACAAGUACACAAGUUUACACAUCUAAGAACAAAACAGAAAAAUAGCUACAAUACUGAUACAAGCUCAUGGACCCUAACAACUUACAGUUGAUAGAACAUCGACCUUUUAAGUUCAGCAAAGAACCAUAAAAAAUGUUGAUGAAGGGAAGACACAAUGCUCUAGCAUAGCCAAAACAAAAAAUGUAACUUGAAUGGAAACAACAUUUGUAAUUUAGGAGGAUGUUUGCUUAUACUGGUUUAGUGAUUAAUAAGUCCCUUAUAACAACUGAGUGCUCAAUGAUUUCUUAAAUAAAGAUUCUUGGAAUCAUGGUCAUACGGUUCAA